AUGCCGCCGGCCCCGGCCGCGCUGCUCCUCGCGGCGCCCGCGGGGCUGUCGCUGGGCCUGGCGCCCUGGCGGCCGUGCCUGCGGGCCCCGCCGCCCAGGCUGCGGCUCCGGCUGCGUGCCGCGAGGAUCCGCGCGGCGGCGACCGUCAACGGCGAGUUCGGCGGGCUCGGCAGGCGCCGCCUCGACGCCGGCGAGUUCAUCGGGCGGCUGCGGAACGUGCUGCCGGGGGGCAGCUGGUGGCGCCUCGAGGACGAGGACGCGGGCGGGGCCGGCCGCGCCGAGGCCAGCGGGGCCACGGCCGCCUCCGCGCUCAGCCGGAUGUGGGCCCUCGUAUCCAACGACCGAUGGGUCAUCUUCGCCGGCUUCGCGUCGCUCGUCUGCGCCGCGCUCGCGGAGAUCGCUAUCCCCCAUCUGCUCGCGGCCUCCAUCUUCUCCGCGCAGAAUGGAGGGGCCGUCUUCUACCGGAACGCCAAGCUUCUGGUUGUUCUGUGUAUGAUUUCCGGAGUGUUUAGUGGUGUGCGAAGCUGCUGUUUUGGUAUUGCCAACAUGAUAUUGGUUAAACGAAUGAGAGAAAUGCUGUUUGAUUCCAUCCUUUCUCAGGAUAUUGCGUUUUUCGAUGAAGAAACUGUCGGAGAUUUGACAAGUAGGCUUGGUUCUGACUGCCAGCAAGUGUCUAGAGUUAUUGGCAAUGAUCUUAAUUUGAUUUCACGCAAUUUGCUUCAGGGUAUAGGAGCACUGAUUUAUCUUCUAAUCUUAUCAUGGCCUCUUGGACUGUGCACUAUGCUUACUUGUGGGACAUUGUCGACAAUUAUGCUAGUUCAUGGACGGUAUCAGAAAAAGGCCUCUAAAUUUGCACAAGAGUUCACUGCAAGUGCCAAUAAUGUUGCUCAAGAAGCGAUAAGUUUGGUUAGAACAGUGCGAGUGUAUGGGACGGAAAAGCAAGAGUUCAAAAGGUAUGCGAAGUGGCUGGAUAAGCUGUAUGAUGUGAGCUUUCGACAGACGAUGGCUUAUGGAGGCUGGAGCUUGAGCUUGAAUUAUCUGUACCAUUCUACUCAGGUUGUUGCUGUUUUGAUUGGAGGAAUAGCAAUCAUGAAUGGGAAGUUCACUGCCGAGCAACUGACAAAAUUCACACUCUACGCCGAGUGGCUGAUUUUGUCUACCUGGUGGAUUGGAGACAAUUGGUCCUCCCUGAUGCAGUCUGUUGGAGCAAGUGAAAAAGUCUUCCGGUUGAUGGAUCUCUUGCCUAGCAGGCAGCUUACCUCUAAAGGCCUCAGGUUACAGAAGCUGGAAGGACGAAUUCAAUAUGCAGAUGUAGAAUUUUCAUAUCCUUCAAGACCUUCAGCACCAAUUUUGAGAAGACUGAAUCUAACACUCAAUCCAAAUGAAGUAGUUGCAAUUGUUGGUCUUAGUGGAAGUGGCAAGAGUACUAUAGUUAACCUACUACUUCAACUAUAUGAACCUACAAAUGGGCAAAUAUUAAUAGAUGGUGUCCCACUCAGCGAACUUGACACCAGAUGGUUCAGGGAAAGAAUUGGUUUUGUGGGACAGGAGCCUAAGCUAUUCCGGAUGGAUGUUAGUUCUAAUAUUAAGUAUGGCUGCCCAAGAGAAGUUAGCCAGGAAGAAGUUGAGUGGGCUGCAAAACAGGCUUAUGCUCACGAUUUCUUAAUGGCUCUUCCUGAUGGUUAUAACACCAUUGUCGACGAUGCUCUUCUUAGUGGAGGCCAAAAGCAACGCGUCGCUAUUGCAAGGGCCCUUCUGAGGGACCCGGCCAUCUUAGUACUCGACGAAGCCACUAGUGCACUUGAUGCCGAGAGUGAACAUUAUGUGAAGAGUGUCAUCACAGAAGUUAGCACUGAUCCUAAGGCUCGAAGAACCGUGAUUAUCAUAGCUCACAGGCUGUCUACGAUUCAAGCGGCUGACAGAAUCAUUGUGAUGGAAAAUGGCAGUAUUGUGGAGGACGGAAAGCACAGCGACCUUGUCAAGCAGGAUGGAUUGUAUUCAAGAUUAGCGCAGCGACAAAAUGAUGCUCUCCCGUAG